AUGCACCUCCUGAUUCACACCGGAGAGAAGCCCUUCUCGUGCCUCCAGUGCGGCCGGAGCUUCCGGUGCCAAGGAGACCUGACCAAACACACCCGGAUCCACACCGGAGAGCGUCCCUUUGCGUGUCUCCAGUGCGGAAAGGGCUUCCCGAGCUCCUACGCGCUCAAAACCCAUCGGCUCCUUUCACUCGGCGCCCGCUCCUUCAGCUGCGAUCGGGCGUUUUUCUACCUCAAGGAGCACCAGAAGAUGCACGCCGCCGUGAGGGAGCACCUGUGCUUCGAGUGCGAGAAGAGCUUCACCUCGGCCAAAUCGCUCAAGCAGCAUCAGAUGAUUCACACGGGAGAGAAGCCGUACAAGUGCACGCGCUGCGACAAGAGAUUCACGCAGUCGGGGUCCCUGAAAGACCACGAGCGGGUUCACACCGGAGAAAAGCCGUACCGGUGCUCCUCGUGCGGGAGGGACUUCAGCCGAUCGAGCAACCGACGGACUCACAUGAGAAAGUGUCGCCAGGCGUUAGACAUUCAGAUCGAGACGGCAUGUUAG